AUGCAAAUCGUACAACAUCGUCCAGCGCCUUCGCGGCAAGAACAAACAACUAAUCAUUGCCAAAGUGAAUUCAUGCAUUCAAGAAUAACAACACCAAUGUCAAAUCGAGUUUAUCAACCUUUAACAUUUUCUAUAGACGAUCGUCUAUCACAACAACAUUUAACAGAACUUGAUUUAUGUUCAAAAAAAUUAAAAAAAAUAGAAAAACUAUCAAAUGAUAUUAAUUUUAAUGUUGUUUUACUUGAUCAUAAUGAUAUAAGUAAAGUUGAACAUCUUGAUGUUCUUACACAUCUUAUUCAAUUAUCAAUAUCUGAUAAUCGAUUAAUUGAUAUUCGUUUAAUAGGUCGUUUAAAAACAUUACAAAAAUUAAAUCUAUCCAAUAAUUCUCUUGAUUCAAUUGAUUGUAAUAAAAAAAACAAAAGAAAGCAGAAAUUAUUUUCUUAUAUCGAAUAUUUUCUUUUCUUAGGUCUAAAAACUUUACAAAAUCUUGUCAUACUUAAUAUUUCCGGCAAUAAUAUUCAAAAUAUUGGUGCAUUAAAUAGUUGUCAUUCAUUACAAUCAUUAGAUGCAAGUGAUAAUUCUAUUCGACAUAUUGAAGAUCUUUCACAUUUAACAUCACUAAAAUAUUUAAAUUUACAUAAAAAUCUGAUUGAUACAUUAACAUCAAAAUAUUGGUCAAAAUCAAUUCAUACAUUAAUUAUAUCAGAUAAUGAAAUAAAAGAUUUAACUGAAAUUUGUUAUUUAUCAUCAUUGAUUGAUUUAAAUACAUUAUAUAUUCAUAAUAAUCCAUGUUUAUUUGUUAUUGAUGAUCGACAUGGUUGUCAUCAACCAUUUGAUUAUCGUCCAUAUAUUCUUAAUUGGUGUUUAACAAUUCAAAAUUUAGACGGAAUACAUAUUACAAGAAAAGAAAGGUUCAUACAAAAUUGA